AUUAUUAUUAUUAUUUUUUUUUAUAUACGAAAAUUACCGUCCAUCUAUUCUUAGAUUUUAUCCGUCGUAGGAUCUAUUCUUGUUGUUCUUAUUUACCUACUUGAAUUAAAAAUAUCAUGCCAUCAUCAUCGUCGUCGGAGAAAGAAAGCGAUAAUCAAAUCGAACAUGCAGGUCAGCCACCAAUGAAUGCAGAUGAAGAACUUCUUCAUAAACUAGGUUACAAGCAGGACUUGAGCCGUUCUAUCUCUGGAUUUUCUAAUUUUGCUAUUGCUUUUUCAUGUUGUUCUGUCCUUUCUGGUUUGACACCUCUCUGGGGUGAUUCUAUGAAUAAUGCAGGAUCCAUGGGUGUUAUUUGGGGUUGGGUGAUUACUGGUGUCAUGACAACAUUGGUUGCUUGUUCUUUAGCGGAAAUUUGUUCUGCUUAUCCCACCACUGGAGGACUUUAUUUCUGGGUAUCACGAUUGGCAACUUCUGAUUAUGUCCCUUUAGCUUGUUGGGUCACUGGAUGGUAUAAUUGGAUUGGAUUAUGUUUUGGUAUUACCUCUAUUGAUCUUGGUCUUGCUCAAUUCAUUGCAAGUAUCAUCAACGUGUGGCGUCCUGAUGUCAAUACUUCUGUCUACAUGCAAUAUGGACUUUAUGUUGGUAUUCUUUUGAUUCAUGGUAUCAUCAACUCUGUUGCCGUCAGUUGGACUGGUGUUAUGAAUCAAGGAGCUUUCUUUGCUAAUAUGCUUGGUCUUUUGAUCAUUGUGAUUGCUGGACUUGCUGUCACUUAUCCUUUGGCCAGUGGUGAAUUUGUGUUUACUCAAUUCUAUAAUGGUUCUGGAUUUUCAAACAAUGGGUAUGCCUUUUUACUUGUGAUCUUACAAUCUCAAUAUACACUUUCAGGUUACGAUAGUGCAGCACAUAUGAGUGAAGAAACCAAAAACUCACAAAAAGGUUCACCUUAUGGUAUCUUGAAUGCAGUGAUCUCGAAUGCGAUUUCUGGUCUUGUUUUUCUGAUUGCUGUUAGUUUUAUGGUAAAAAACUUUGAUCAACAAAUCACAUCGGAUAGUGCCAUCUCUCCUCAAAUAGUUCAAGUAUUUUUGGAUGGUGUUGGUCAAGCAUGGACCAUGGUGUUUUUAGUAUUUGUCAUGAUCAGUAUCUUUUUUUCUGGUUCCGCAUUGACCUUGGGAUCAUCUCGUAUGGUCUAUGCAUUUGCUCGUGAUGGAGCCAUGCCAUUCUCAUCCUAUUUACAUUCACUUAAUCCGAACACUAAAUCACCUGUUUAUGCUGUAUGGUUCAAUGUCGUGGUGGCUGGUAUCGUCGGUGUCUUGUACAUGAUUAAUAGUACUGCAUAUUCUGCCAUUGUCUCUGUUAAUACCAUUGGUUCCCAAAUGUCUUAUUUUGUACCUAUUUUAUUACGGAUUACCGUUUCUAGAAAAACAUUUAUUCCAGGACCUUGGCAUUUGGGCAUGUUUAGUACAUUAAUAGGUACUAUUUCAUGUGCAUGGAUUUUAUUCACUUGUGCAUUGUUUAUCUGUCCAACAGUAUGGCCUGUCACUCCUGAUAACAUGAACUAUGCUAUCGUACCUUUUGCAUUUAUAAUGAUCCUUUCCACUGGUUACUUUUUGAUUUGGGGUCGUAAAUGGUUCAAAGGUCCUGUACGUGUGGUGGAUGGUCAAGAAGUCAUUGUUGGAGAAGAUGAAGAAAUCAUUCGUAAUGAUGAUUAUUGGAACAGUGAAAAACGAGAGAUUCAAGGCAACUAAUAUAAAAUGGUUAUUUUUUUUUAUUUAUUUCUAUACAAUAAUAAAUAUAAUAAUUCUACACUAUAA